AUGUCCGACUCUGCAGCUGCCCCCGUCUUCGUCCUGGCGCCUGGCGCCUGGCACACGCCCGACUGCUUCCAGCUUAUCCAGGAUCGAAUUCAUGCAAAGGGCUACUGGACAAAAGCCGUGGCAUAUCCGUCUGUGGGCGCCGAGCCGCCGAACAAGGGUCUCUUUGACGAUGUGGCUGCUGUGCGUGCCGAGAUCCAGGCACUGGCGGACCAGGGGCGGCAGGUCAUAGUUGUGGUCCACUCGUAUGGAGGCCUGGUCGGUGCCGAGGCCGUCAAGGGUCUUGGGUUCAAGCAGCGCAAGGCGGAGGGCAAGGAGGGCGGUGUUACGCUGCUUGUGUAUCUGUCUGCUUUUGUCACGCCCAAGGGCAUGAGCAUCAUCAAGAUGUUGGGCGGCAACCCUCUGCCCUGGAUGGACUUCCAGGGUGAGCGUGUCUUUGCCAGGACACCUGAGGAGAUCUUUUACCACGACGUGCCCGCCGACCUGCAGAAGGGAGCCAUCUCCAAGCUCAAGCACCAGUCCGCAGCCGUGUUUACUGAUGAGGUCACCUACCAGCCCUGGGAGGAUAUUGAGUGUAUGUAUAUGUUCUGCGACGACGACCGGGCUCUGUUGCCUGUUAUCCAGAGGCAGCUCGCUCCGAUGCUGGGCGAGAACGCCAUCACGUACACUUGCAAGGGAUCUCAUUCUCCCUUCCUGUCUGAGCCGGACAAUGUCGUGGAGGGUCUGCUUCAUGGUGCCACCGAGGUCCAGAAGAGACUCUAAGGAAGCGGAUAUUCGUGUGUCUCGAGCCGAUGGUUCUCAUUUGGAUGAACGAGACAGAGAGAGGAACGAAAAUCAUUAGUCUUUCGAGACUGUGCGUCUUGCCACGGAAACCUACCGUCAGUUGACGUGCCAUUCAGUUGGAGGAAUAUUGAGACGGCCGUAUACAUACAUACAUGUAUAUAUAUAAGACAAAUACAUAGAAAUGCGUUGCUUACAC